AUGGUACUAACAACUUGUUUCAUACUGAUCUUAAAUAAGUUCCAGAUAUCAAGAUUACCGCAGCAUGAUUUUCAUGCUGUAAAAAGUAUAGAGCCUAAGAAAAUUUCUACACCUUUCUCUCUAAAGUUUGACAUUCAUAAGAAGCGUGCAGCCAGAAAAGACAGAGCUGGUCCCGAAGGAACUCCAUGGCAAUUAUCACGGUUUUACCCUAUGAUAGAGAAAUCAACUAAAAAGAUUAAUGGCUCUAUAGCGCUAAAAUUGGAUAUGUCUAAGGCUUACGAUCGUGUAGAAUGGUGUUUUAUUGCAAAAAUGAUGAUUAAAUUAGGGUUUAGUACCAGAUGGAUUUCCAAUGUUGUUAAUUGUCUCACUUCUGUUAGUUUUGCUUUUAUGGUUAAUGGUGGUGUUAAUGGUAGUUGCACUCCUCAUCGUGGGUUGAGGGGCUGUCUACCUUCUAUUUGCCGAGCCAAUAAAGAGGAGUGUCAAACUAUUGUUCAUUUGCUUCAUAUGUAUGGAAAGGCCUCCGGUCAGGUUAUUAAUCUUGAGAAGUCGGCUCUUUUGUUUGGUAAGGGAACUGCGAAGGAGGUGAAACUGGAGAUUCAGCAGAUUCUGCAAAUCCCUGUCGUUCAGUGCCAUCAAAGGUAUUUGGGGCUGCCCUCUACGAUUGGCAAGAACAAAUCAGAGAGUUUUCGAUCCAUCAAGGAAAGGAUCUAG